UUUUUUUCAUUCACUUUUAGUGUUCACUUUUUUUUUUGUUAAUUGUAUUAACUGGAUGAAAGAUCAUUUAAUUUUCAUUGGAUUGAAGUUAUAUUAUGGACUAUCGUUAUAAAUUGUAUCUUAAUCGUUUAUUGUCAUCAUGGGGUGAUCGAACUUGGGAAUUCGCUAUUGGAUUGUAUCUAAUUAAAUUGUAUCCUUCGUCUCUUCUGUUGACCGCCAUCCAAGGGAUUCUCGCCUCAAGUGCUACAAUUAUCUUGGCUCCUAUUUUCGGUCGUUGGAUAACCAAAGCAUCGCGAAUCCAAGAAGUGAAAAUUUGUCUCUUCAUUCAAAAUGGAGCUGUGGUCAUUUCUUCAGCAUUUGUCGCUCUUUUCUUUCUCCAGGAUCAGAUAGAAGAUGAAAAAAUCCGAAAAACAAUUGCAUUUAUUGCUCCAAUUGUAUUAGUUGGAUUCUCAUUAAUAUCUCAAGUAACCAGUGCUGGAUACACAUUGUGCCUCGAAAAGGACUGGCUGGUUACCUUGGCUGAAGAUGAGAAAAAGUUAACAGAUUUGAACGCAAUGUUGCGACGAUUGGAUUUAUCAUGUCAAACUAUUGCUCCUUUUCUGGUUGGUCUUUUAAUGCAAUACUCGGAAUUGGCAUCAGCGGUGUUUUUCAUGUUCUGGAACUUUUUCUCUGGAUUCUGUGAAUAUGCUGUCCUUAAAUCGCUCUACAACCAGGGAAUACCCGCUCUCAUUGAACCUAAACAAAGUAAAUCGGGUUCGGUCAAUGAUCUGAGUAUCUUUGAUUUAGAUGCAAUGAAAAAGUAUUGGAAAACUUUUUCUUUACCUGGUAUAGCAUUUGGUCUGGUCUAUUUGUCCAUUUUAGGAUUUGAUUCGGUGACCGUUGGUUUUAUAACCUCAAAAGGAGUCGAAGAAGGUCUCAUUGGUGUUGUCAGUUUAAUCGGAGCCAUUUUUGGUAUUUUGGGUACACUUGUUUUCCAAUGGUCAGCUAAACAUAUCGGCUUACGACUAACUGGACUUAUUGGUUAUGUUAUUGAUUUAAUUUCUCUGUCAAUGUGCCUUGUAAUUGCUCUAAGUCCCGAUUGGUUUGGCUUUAAUUGGGGAGAUAUGACUGGACCCAUUAUACUGUUUCUCAUUGGUAUCACUGUUUCUCGAGCUGGUCUCUGGACAAUUGAUCUUUCGGUUAAUCAAUUGAUACAAACUGAAUCAACUAAUCCAGCGCUUAUCGGUGGUGUUCAAACGAGUGUAAAUAUAUUCGCUGAAUUAACUAAAUUUAUCGUUGUCGCUUUUAUACCUGCAUUGGAAAACUUUUGGAUACUCAUAAUUGUUUCCUAUCUUUCAAUCACUUGUGGUGGUGUUUUAUUUGCCGUUUACAAUUAUCGGUGUCGUGGCCUAACACCAACAACACCUUCAACCAAAUUGAACGACAAAACUAAAUCAACUUAUGGUACUUUCACCUCCGACCAACUUAAAUUAAAACGUGAGACACAAGCAUAUUAAUCAUUUCACUCAACUGUUAAUCAUUAAGAAAAGUAUUAAAUACACCUCAACAUUUCAUCUGUAUUUUAAUUGUAAUCUAAAAACAAAGUUAAUCAUCAAUUGUGAAUAUAAAAUAUUUGUAACAUUUCAUCAUCUUAAUUCAUAAAAUCAUCACUUUUAAUUGUGUAAAAAUUUACCUUCAGAAUCAAUGAUAAUUUUAAUAUUUUUGUUGACUGCAAAUUGUUUGUUUUUAUCAAAAAUUUUCAUCAAAUUAAUAAAGUUAAAUCAAACUGUCAUUUUAA